AUGAAUGUUUUUUAUGAUUUUAGCUUUGAUGUGCUACGCAAAUAUGAAGCAUUUUACACUGGAGGGAAAAUACAGAUAUCUAGUGAUGGAGAGUUCAUGUUCUGUGGCUGUGGUAACAAGGUACAGGUGAUAGAGAUUUCUUCAGGACAGACUAAAUACUCCAUUGGGGAGAAAGAGGAAGAAGAUAUAUGUGGAUUUUGUGUGACACCAGAUGACCAGAAUUUGGUGCUUGCUACUCAAAAUCUUCUGUUUAGACAAUGGAAUUGGAAGGAAGGCAAUCUAUUGAGAACAUGGAAAGCUAUCCAUACAUCUCCAGUAUCAGUCAUGGCUUUUGAUAAAUCUUCCACUCUGCUUGCAUCAGGAAGUGCUGAUUCUACUAUAAAAAUGUGGGACAUAGAAAAACAAUACUGUACACACAACCUCAAGGGUCAUCAGGGAGUAGUCAGGUAUGUUGUUGAAUUUCUACCUUGUACAGGUAAAAACUGCACACUUGUGUUUCUCUCAGACGACUACAUUGUGCGUGUAUGGGACUUGAGAAGCAGUCAGUGCAUUGCUGCUGUAGAGGCACAUGUUAGUGUAGUCACAUGUCUGUGUUUCUCUGAGGAUGGAUCUACCUUGUAUAGUGCAGGAAGAGAUAGCACUGUGGCAGUGUGGGAUGUUGAUCAGCUGAAAGUGACCAAAACAUUUCCUGUAUUGGAGAGUUUAGAGUCAAUUGUGCUUGUACCUGCUGGAAAGUGUUAUCCAGAACUUAACAUUAAAGAAGAUACCCCACACAUAAUUACUGCAGGCAGUAAAGGUGUACUCAAAGUAUGGAAUGUGGAGAAGACCAAAUUGAAGGUUAUAAAGAAUUUAAACACAGCACAGGAACAGACUAUAAUACAGGCAUCUUACUGCCCGGCCCGACAGCAGGUGGCUGUUGUGACAUUUGAUCACAAUAUCUCUCUGAUGGAUAUCGAGACACUAGAGCUGCAUAAACAGUUCUGUGGCUACAUAGAUGAGGUAUUGGACCUACAGUUAAUGGGCGAGCAAGACAGUCACUUAGUGAUGGCUACUAAUAGCCAGCACCUCAAGGUGUUUGAACUGGAGACCUGGAACUGUCAAAUCCUUCAGGGUCACUCUGAUAUUGUACUUAGUGUGUGUAUCCACCACAAAGAAAACCUCAUCGCUUCAUCAUCAAAGGACAACAGCAUACGACUAUGGAAGAUGGAUGCAGUCACAGGCAGGGUCAAGUGUGUUGCUGUAGGUCAAGGUCACACUCAUGCUGUCAACACAAUGGCAUUCUCAUGGUUAAAUGCUAGAACGAUUGUAAGUGGUGGACAGGACAGCACGUUAAAGGUGUGGGACAUUCCGGACAAACUAGACAUACAAACUGUAGUUAAUCUUCACUCCAAAAUCACAGAGAAAGCACAUGACAAGGACAUCAACUCAAUUGCCAUGGCACCCAAUGACAAGUUCAUCGCAUCAGGGUCUCAAGACAAAACAGUCAAGAUUUGGAACACAGAUAAUUUGUCUCUCCUAGGUGUUAUGAGAGGACACAAACGAGGAAUUUGGUGUCUAGAGUUCUCUCCCAUCGAUCAGUGCUUAGCAACAUCAUCAGCAGAUGGCACUAUCAGGAUUUGGUCAUUGUCUGAUUUCUCCUGUGUGAAGACAUUUGAAGGACACGACAGCUCUGUAUUGAGGGUGAUGUUUCUGAACAGAGGGAUGCAGCUAAUGUCCUGUGGAUCUGAUGGUCUGCUAAAACUCUGGACAAUUAAAAACAACGAAUGUGUGAAGACAUUUGACCAACAUGAGGAUAAAAUCUGGGCACUUUGUAGUAACAAAAAAGAAAACCAAAUCAUCACAGGAGGUGCAGACUCUGCUGUCAUUAUAUGGAAGGAUGUCACACAGGAGGAGAAGGAUGGGGAGCGUGCUAAACAGGAGCAGUUCAUAUUACAGGAGCAAACUCUCUCCAACUUAAUUCAGCAGAAAAAAUUCCUAAAAGCCAUCGUGUUGGCAAUCAGAUUGGAACAGCCAUUUCGAGUUCUUAAAAUUAUGAAAGAAAUCCUGAUGGAAAACAAAGGAGAGGAAGAUCUCAAGACCACUCUGGAAAAGCUAAGAAUGGACCAAAUAGAUUCUGUGCUGAGAUUUGCUGUCCAGUGGAACACCAACAGUCGCCAUUGCCAUGAGGCACAGCUGGUCGUGUCUUCUGUACUGGAGAUCUACUCUCAGGAGGAAUUAGCUGAAUUUCCAAACAUCAUAUCAACACUGGAAGGUCUUCUUCCCUACACAGAGCGACACUUCCAGAGGAUGAAUCGUCUGCUACAACAGUCACGCUUUGUAGAGUAUACCUGGCAGUGUAUGAGGACUGUCCCUGAUGAGGCAAAACCAAGCCAAUCAGGUACAAUGGAAUUUGAGGAGUAUGGAAAAAGUGCUCUCAAAAGUUCAGGAUCAAUUGAAAUGAAACCAAUGAAUGAUUCUGAUACAGACAGCAGUGAUGCUGGUGUGGACAAUGACAGUUACAAAAAUGAUAUUCCAGCAGAAAGUGAUGAUGAGGAUGAUGUUAAGGAUGAUGAAAAUAACAAUGACUGUUCCAGUAGUAGUGAGAGCACUGAGGAUUUAAUACCUGUGAAACCAAAAUCUAAGAAAGUCCAAAUGAAGAUUACAGAGGAAUCUAUCAAAACGACCAAGAAGAAAAAGAAGCAUCCUGGGGAGACAAGAGUGAACAGUGACCAACAACCAAAGAAAAAGGCUAAAAAGAUAUCACAAAAAACGGAAAUGACUUUAAGUGAUAAGGAAAGUAACCGAAAGGGCAAAAGAAAAAUAUCAGGUACUUUUAAAAAGGUGAAAAGUAAAAAACAGAGGUAAUAAUCCUACAAACCUGAUGUUCCUUUAUAAUUGUUGAUAUGUU